AUGGGCAUAAUAUUUCAUCGACAACAAAAAUUCGAGAAAGCGAUAGAAUAUCAUGAAAAAGCAUUAGCACUUCAAGAGAAAUUUUAUCCAAAUGGUCAUAAGGAAUAUUAUCCAUUCGUCAGUAUUAUUAUGAUUGAUACUAUUAAUUGUAUCGGUCAUGUUUUGCAUGACGAAGAAAAGUACGAUACAGCCAUUGACUAUUAUCGACGUGUACUUUCAAUUCAGGAAAACUUUUAUCUUAAUGAUCACAUCGAAACUUUUCAUACUUUAAAACUCAUUGAUGAUACUUUAUAUAAACAAAAGAAGUAUGAUGAAGCUCUUCAAAAUCAUCAAAAAGCCUUAACUAUUCAAGAAAGACAUAGCAAUACUGCUUAUACCGACAUUACGAAUAGUUUGAACUCUAUUGGUAAUAUCCUAUAUAGCCAAGAGAAAUAUGAUGAAGCCAUUGAUUUCUAUCAACGAUCAUUAGUCUUUCGAGAGAACCUCCAGCGAUUGGGUUAUGUUGGCAUCAUUACCGUUCUUGGCAAUAUUGCUAAUGCCCUAUAUAGGCAGAGAAAGUACGAUGAAGCUCUUGACAUCUAUCAACGAAUACUGAUGAUUCAUGAGAAAUUUGAUGCAACUAAUCAUGUUGGCAUUGUUGAUACCCUAAUAAGCAUCUCAAAUACUCUAAGAGACCAGGAAAAGUAUAAUGAAGCUAUAGAAACCCAACAACGAGUAUUGAUGAUACAAGAACAACAUUAUCCUUCUAAUUAUGUGUAUAUUGCUUAUAGUUUUAGCAACAUUGCUCACAUUCUUACUUUACAAAGAAAAUAUGAUGAAGCUAUCGGCUUCUAUCAACGAGCAUUAGCAAUCUAUGAAAAAGCUUGUCCGUCAAAUCUUAUCGAUACUACUAAUGGUCUCAUCAAUAUUACAGAUGUUCUUACCAAACAAGGAAAGUAUGCAGAAGCGAUUGAAUUCCAACAGAGAGCAUUAACGAUUCGAGAAGAAAGUUAUCCCUGUUGUCAUGAGAGAAUUGCGGAUAGCUUGAAUCGCAUUGGUCACAUUCGAAUGUAUCACAGAGAAUACAAUCUGGCACUCAGCUGUUAUCAACGAGCUCUAACUAUUCUUGAGCACUGCUAUCCAUCUGGUCAUGUUGAUAUUGCUGAAAGUUUGGAAUUUAUUGGUAUGACCCUAAAAGUGCAAGCAAAAUAUGAUGAAGCUCUUGAUUAUUAUUAUCGAGCACUACCACUUUACAAACAGUUUUCAUCCAACUAUUUGAAUAGUGUUGUAUGUCUGUGCAAUAUAACUCAAACUUUAAGACACCAAAGAAAAUAUGAUGAGGCAAUUGACUUUCAAAAACAGGCAUUGAUAAUUCUCAAAAGCAACUCGCCUACUGAUCAAUUUAGAAUUGCUCGUAGUCUCAAGAACAUCGGUUGUACAUUAUUCGAGCAAAAAAAAUAUAAUGAAUCUCUUGACUUUUAUCAACAAGCAUUAAUUAUUUCUGAAAAAUAUUUUCCUAAUGAUCAUAAUGAAAUUGCUGAAUGUUUAUUCUGGAUCGCUACUAACUUUAAUAGAAAAUUUCAGUUCGAUCUUGCUAUUGAUCAUUUAAAAAGAUGUUUAUUAAUUAAGGAAACCAGCACAUCUCCAAAAGAUCUCUCCAUUACUACCAUAUUGAAGUGUUUGUCACAAGUACUAAGCACGAAAGGUCAACCUGAACUCGCUCUUAUAUAUGAACAAAGGUAUCUUUAA